CUCUCAGCAAUGUCUUCCCAAGCUAAUUUUCCAGUAGAGCUUUGGAGAGAAAUAUUUACGCAUAUACUCAAUAAACAAGUCUUGAAAGAAUGUUUAUCUGUCUGUAAGACAUGGAACCUCGUCGCGCGUUCUUUCUUCCCAGAAAGUAUUUAUAUCGAACUUAAUGAUGCACACCUAGACUUGCUUCACCGAGACCUUGAACGUUUUCCAGGGUUCGGUCAAAAAGUUACAAGGCUUACGUUAACACAUUAUUCUUCUGGUCUGAGCGAGCCUAGUUUGUUUCGUUCUGUUGUUAGUCUCUGUCCCAACCUGUUGGAACUCUUAUUUGCAACCAAUGAAAUUUAUCAUUACCUCAAUAUACUCAACACGCGAGAAGCUUUACUUCCUAAUAUCCAGAAGAUACAUGUAAGUCAUCUGUCAGAAUGUUCGCCUGCCAUAAGACGAUUUCAUGUCUGGGUCAACUAUCGAUUUCGCAAGACAAUCACUGACCUUGAAGUCUUGGAUAUUGAUGCGAAUGGUGCGUUGGAUAAGUAUACAGGCUUAGUGGCAUAUGCAAGAACAUUCCCAAACCUCAAGCAUUUGAAAGCACAGUCAAGCUCUUUUCUUGCAAUUAACAAUGUCAGUCUGGAUUUAUUAGCUUUACUAGCAUCCAACCGAAAGUUAGAGAGCCUGAAAUUAUACAAUAUAGGCAAAAUCACUAGUACAUUAAAAGACCUGGCUAAAAAUGAAUUUGGUGAGUAUCCGUCUUUGAAGAAACUCAAGUUGGAUGCACAGCAAAUAGAUAUUGGUACAUUGAAGUGUAUUACUUCAAGGUUCACAAAUGUCAAUAACUUAAGGUUGCUGACGUCUGUUAUCUUACCUGAUGACUCUCUUACAAGCAAAGAAGCCCAAGACAUCAUUGAUCAAUUUCAAGAAUACAGUAAAAAAGUCGAACGAAACAAUGUCUCUUAUGUUUAUGAAAAUCAACACUAUUACAUUAACAACGUUAUAAAGAAAUCGAUCUGGAUCACCAAUUUCACAAUUUUUGAUCCAUUUAUUGAACGUGAGUUUGUCUUCAAUGAAUUUGAUGAAUUCGGUAACGACGAUGAACUUGAAGAUAUGUUUGGUGAUGGAUUCGAUGAUGAUGGAGUUGAAGAUAUGUUUGGCGAUGGGUUUGAUGACUAUGAAGAUAUGUUUGAUAGUGAUGGAUUUGGACAAUAUGAAGAAGAAGACCUCGAGAUUGCGUAUCCUUUUGGCCUUGGUUAUUCUAUCAAUACCUACCCUGAUUUGAUAGAUUAAGGAUAGCUUUUUUUUUCUUAAACAUCUAAAAAUACUUGCUU